AUGACUGUCGAAUCACAACAGUACAUCUUUGACACGUUUAACAAGGCAAAUCAGGGCCAUAUUUUCAAAUAUUACAACGACUUAAACACAGAUGAACAAGUUCAGUUCUUGAACCAACUCGCAUCUAUUGAAAACCCAUCCAAAUUAGUGUCUACCGUCACUGAUGCCAUCAAGUAUUCAUCUUCAAACUCAUCAAGUAAGAAUUUUACACAGUUGCCCAAUGAACAAACUGCAUCAACGCUAGACCUCGAUCCAAAUACUUCGCAACAUUGGUCAGAGUUGGGAUUCAAAGCUAUUGCUGACGGUGAAGUGGCUGUGCUUUUGAUGGCGGGUGGACAAGGAACACGUUUAGGUUCAAGUGACCCAAAGGGAUGUUAUGACGUUUCUUUGCCUUCACACAAGCCUCUUUUCCAAAUCCAAGCAGAAAAGGUUCUCAAGAUUCAACACUUGGCGCAAAACAAACUCAAGUUGGCUAAAUUGCCGCAAAUUAUGUGGUACAUUAUGACUAGUGGACCAACAAGAAAAUCAACCGAAAAGUUCUUCAUACAACACAACUACUUUGGUUUGGACCUGAAUCAGGUUAUUUUUUUUAACCAAGGUACGUUGCCAUGUUUUGAUUUAUCGGGGGAAAAGGUUCUUCUUCAAUCAAAGCAUGCCAUUUGCGAAUCGCCCGAUGGAAAUGGUGGAUUAUACAAGGCAUUGUUGAAUAAUGGGAUCUUGGAAGAUAUGAUCAACAAAAAUAUCAAGCAUAUUCACAUGUAUUGCGUUGACAAUGCAUUGGUUAAAGUUGCCGAUCCAUUAUUCCUUGGAUUUGCCAUUGACAGAGAAUUUGAUUUGGCUACGAAAGUCGUUCGCAAAAGAGAUGCCAAUGAAAGUGUUGGGUUAAUUGUUCUCAAUGAUGACACAAAGAGACCUUGUGUUAUUGAGUAUAGUGAAAUCUCACAAGAAUUGGCUGAAAAGAAGGAUCCUCAAGAUGACUCGAAAUUGUUUCUUCGUGCAGCAAACAUUGUCAACCACUACUAUUCAGUUGACUUUUUGGCAAAAAUGAUCCCCCAAUGGAUCUCAUCGCAAGAAUACUUGCCUUUCCACAUUGCUAAUAAGAAAAUUCCUGCGAUCGAUUUAAAGACUGACCAAUUUUAUAAGCCAGAAACGCCAAAUGGUAUAAAGCUAGAACAAUUCAUAUUCGAUGUUUUUACCUCCGUUGAGUUGUCCAAAUUCGGCUGUCUUGAAGUUGACAGAGCCGACGAGUUUUCCCCAUUGAAGAAUGCUGAUGGAGCCAAGAAUGAUACACCAACUAGUUGUAGACAAGAUUAUUUGAAAAGAGGUACAAACUGGGUAAAGGAAAACGGUGGUCAUGUAGACGAAGGAGCAUAUGUUGAAGUUGAUCCAAUGUCCAGUUAUGAUGGUGAAGGGUUAGAGUUUGUUAAAGGAAAAACUUUUGCAAAUGGUGAUAUUGUUUAA